AUGGCUGCUCAAAAAAAGGCCUCAGCAAAGAAGGUUGAAAAGAAGACCACCACUCUUUCCCCUAAAUUGCUUGGUGCAAUCUCGUCUUUCUUGGCCAAGAACGGCUUCACCUCUACGAGCUCCGCAUUCGCCGAGGAAUUGAAGAAGAAUGGAAACACUAUUGCCGACAAGAAAGCUGCGCCCUCAUUGAUUGAAGUCUUCCAGGCAUGGGAGAAGAAGUCUAGCGGCUCCGACAGCAGUUCUGAGAGCGAGAGCGACGACAGUGAUUCUGAUGUCAGCAUGGGAGAAGCUGCUAAGUCUCGCUCCACCUCUCCGUCGUCCUCCUCUUCCUCCUCGAGCUCCGACAGUGACGCCGACGACGAGGACGACGAGGAUGAAAAGAUUUCGACUUCUUCCCCUGAUGCUGCUAUCGAGACAUCAAAGGGGUUGAAACGCAAGGCAGAGUCUAGCAGCUCCUCGUCUGACUCGAGCUCUGAGUCCGAGUCCGAUGCCGAGCCCCCCAAGACGAAGAAGGUCAAGGUAUCGAAGGCAGCAUCUUCUUCCGGUAGCAGCUCUGAAUCGUCGUCCGGCUCCGAAUCCAGUUCAUCCAGCGAGUCAAGUGACUCGAGCGACUCCAGCUCGAGUUCUGAGUCCUCCGACUCGUCCGACUCCGAGGAGGAAGUGCCCAAGAAGACCAACUCAAAGAGCGAAAAGAAGCCCGCUGCCGAAACAUCUUCCGAUUCCUCGAGCUCAAGCAGCUCCGAGUCCGGCUCCGACAGCAGUGAUGAUAGCUCAGAUGAUCAAAAGACUGGUGGUGUUUCGGUUUCCAACGGUGCCUCUGAUACUAGCGCAACGAUGUCUGCGUCCCCUGCUGCCGAGAGCAAGCCUGCGAACACCGCGACCAAGAAGAAGCACGAAGGUGCCCGCCCUACUCCUCUUGCCGCGUUGAGUCAACAGCCUUAUGACGCAAUUUCCAACGAAUACGUUCCCUACGCAUAUGCAGAGCGGGCUUAUGCCGACCUGUCAGUCACUCGCGGUAAAGGAUUCACCAAGGAGAAGAACAAGAAGAAGCGCGGAUCCUACCGUGGCGGCCCCAUCGAUAUCGGCGGUGGCAAGUCCUUCAAGUUCGAGGACUAA